GCGGAAGCAGUGUGGGUUUAUUGUGGUGUAACUUGACGCUGGUGCCGGACAGCUGCCACACUGGACUCAGACUGAGCCGGACUGUAGUUCCUGUGAUGCCCCAGAGCGGGCUGAGCUGGUCGGGGUUGCGAUGCCUUACGUGGACCGCCAGAAUCGCAUCUGCGGCUUCCUGGACAUCGAGGAGAAUGAGAACAGCGGCAGGUUCCUGCGGCGUUACUUCAUCCUGGACACUGAGCAGGGCAGCCUGCUGUGGUACAUGGAUAACCCCCAGAAUCUGCCCAAAGGUGCAGGAAAUGUGGGCUCUCUCAAUCUUUCCUACAUCUCCAAGGUCAAUGAUGCCACCAAACAAAGACCAAAGGCAGAGUUCUGCUUUGUUAUAAAUGCAGGAAUGAGGAAGUUUUACCUACAGGCCAACGACCAGCAGGAUUUGGUAGAAUGGAUCAGUGUUCUCAACAAUGCCAUCAAGAUUACUGUGCCAAAGCCCGGCGAGGGCCACAACACCCACGCAGAGACUCCACAGGAGCUGCUUGGAACCAUGAAACAGGUCUCCUACAAAACUGAGAUCAUCGGAGGAGUCCCCAUCAUCACGGCCACUCAGGAGCAGGGAGAGGGCCACAAUGGAGCUGAUCGUGGAGGCGUAAAGCGGGCUCAGAAUCAAAUGCCCUACUUCCUGUCCAGAGGAGCGCAGGAUCAGGCCAUCAUCAAAGCGGGAUACUGUGUCAAACAAGGAGCUGUGAUGAAGAACUGGAAGAGGCGGUACUUCAUCCUGGAUGAAAAUUCUCUCAACUACUACAAAACUGACAUGGAGAGGGAGCCGCUGAGAGUCAUCCCGCUGAAGGAGAUCCACAAAGUGCAGGAGUGCAAACAGAGCGAGCACAUGAUGAGGGACAACCUGUUCGAGAUGGUCACCAGCUCGAGAACCUUCUACAUACAGGCUGACAGUCCAGAGGACAUGCACAGCUGGAUUAAGGCCAUCUCAGGCGCGAUCGUGGCCCAGCGUGGUCCCGGGCGCUCCGCUAACACUAUCCGUCAGGCCAGAAGGCUGUCCAGUCCUUGUAUACAGAGGUAUACGCCAUUCUGCGGCGGUGAAUGCAGCACGAGCACAGUGACCACUCCCCUUCCAGCUCCACCUUCUACCUCCCAGUCAAUGAGGAACUCCAAGACUCGCAGUCCUCAGAGAGUGCUCAGCCUCGCUCUGGACACGCGCCAUCGGGACAACUUCCUGGGCCUCCUCCCCUGGAGGCUGAGCGGGGUCCAGUCCGUGAUGGUGCCCCUUCCCCCGGCGCGCUCCCGCCUGUCACUGCAGGAGACGCUGCAGCCUUCAAAGUGAAAGAGGAGGACAAGCUGGCGUGGGGAAGCCCCAGCGGCGUCUCCGGGUCCCAGCUCCUCCUGGCUGAGGAUCAAGAUGUGGACAUAACCCUGUUCUGACAAACUCUAACGGACACACACACACACACACACACACACACGCGCGCACUGUCAGACACCUCCUGGGACCAGUUCUUUGUUUAGUUUUUUUGGGGAUGGGACCUUCUUCCUCCGCUGUUUUCCCUUCUCCUUGUCUUCCUAUGUAUGCUACAGUCUGUCACUCCAGGCAAACGACAAACACGGCUUGCUGUUACACGUUUCAGCGGCGCCACGAGUCUCACUUCCUGUGAUGCACCAAAGUUUGUGUGUUUGCUAAUCCCGACUAAUCCCGCAUCUCAGUGUUUUUCAUUUUAAACUCGCGUAGAAAAGCUCGUCGCCGAGGUCCAGAUUCCCUGAGCAGAGGUCGCUGAGCGGCCAGCUUUCAUGAGCAGGUUUCCAGAGGUCACGCUUACUGAAUAUUUCCCGUCGUCAGUGAUGGAAAAAUGUGUCAUUUUCAUAGAUUAGAAAAGAUGCUGGUCUGUGUCUUUCAUAAGACAGCACUGAACACAAGUCACCCAGCAGGGUCGUGCAGGCAUCUGUGUCCGCCACAGGUGAUCCUGCUGCAGGGAAAGUCCCGCUUUGAGAAACUUUGGGUGGCUUCUAAUCCCUGAAAUGCAGAGGGACGGCCCAGCAUUCAGAAUAAAAUAAUAGCUGUCUGUCUGAGGGAAAAUGGAGGAAAUACGCCUCUGCAGAAGCCUCCCCCGAUGGAUUUGAUUAAGCUUCCAGCUUUAGUUCAUUUACUUCAUAUUUGGGCACUGCGACUACAGUGCUUUAGAGCCUCUGCGAUGAAAGACAAUCAUCUGCUUCAUGUUUGCUUUGGAAGAUUUAAAGCUCUUUAAUGAAGCAGACAUGCCCAAAGUGAAGAGUGCUGCAGCCCGUUGGAGCCCACCCAAUCUUAAAUCUUCACCAAAAAUCAAAAUACAAGUGAUGUAUUUCCUUAAUAAUUAUAUUAAAAAAAUAAAAACUCACAGCCAUUGGCUCCAAUGUGUGAAACUUCAGCACCGAGCAGUAAAUUCAGGUCAGAAUAAUGAGUAAUAUCACAAACUGACCACCUCAUAUUAGCAAUUUGAAAUCACUUGUUAUAUAAAGAAAUACGUUUAUAUUAAUAUGUAACUGUACAUACUGUAGUACCUCUGGAGUCCACCAGGGGGCGCACACUCUUUGAAUGACUGUAACAAAGAAUUCAAAUAACCGGUAAAAUUAGGCUAUGAUGGAACUUCCGUUUGUCAAGUGUAUCGUGACCUCUGCUGGUAUCACCACAGUUUGCAGCCUUUCCACCUCCUUUUUUUAAGCGCUUAUUUAACCAAAGAAGUUUAUUUGAAAGCUGCAGUCAGUGGAGGUAAAGUCAACGUUAAGGUUUAUUUCCGUUUCUCAUCACCCUCCUUUGAGAGCUGCUUUCAGAGAACACUGCUAACGUCUGUGAGGUUACUUCUCCUUCUUUCCAGCGUGCUAACUGGUAUCUCCAAACCAGCAAGCUCAGCAAACUUUUUUAUUUGUCUCUCCAGCACCAGCACGUUACCAGUUAGCUUGCUAAGUAGCCGCCAAGGUGCUCCAAACAUCAGCAAGACUCCAGCACAGCUCUGAAAGAAAGAAAAGCAGCUCUCUGGUGGUAAAACGCGUCGCUCUGCAGGCCUGUUUUAAGCGAGUGAAGCCUGAUCCAGGAGGUGAAAAAUCUACGAUGGGCUUUAACAGAAAGCUUCUGCUGUCCUUUGUUUUUAUCCAAGGUCAAGUCCUUCUCCUGGCUCUGUUGGAGGCCUCCAGCUGUUAAAAAGGAGUUUCUCUCUGUUUAUUCGCUUGGGGAUUGUUUGAUUGUCUGGGUUUUAUCUUAAAGCACCUUGAGAUGGCUUGAUGUGAAUCGAUGCCUCUUACUUUGAUUCCUGUUCAUGAUAUCUGAUCCUCAGACUUGCACAUGAGCCUAAAAUUCAACCAUGAUUACUAAAUAAACCCUGAAGCACCCGAGGCUUUAUCGACUUUUCUGCGUCCACACAGUUUUAGUCGUGAAUCUCUUCAUAUGUUUACACCUCUGAAUCCUGCGGUUGGGAAUCUUUGUUCUGGUGUCAGGACUGAAAACGUGUUCGGCUGUUGAAACUGCAGCAGCUGUAAUUAGUGAGAUCGCACAGCGCUCUUUAUCUCAGCUCUGUCCAGUUUCAGCAGGGAAUUUAAUUUCUUAUUAAUAAAGCCAAUCCUCGCCAAAACCUUCCAUCUGCGGUCCAGUCGCUGCUUUGCCACAUUUCCAGAUUUAUGAUUUUUUUUAAAUCCAAACUUCCGAGGCAGGAAGAGAAAAUGAGAGUCUGGAUGAAGCUGUGUUCAGACCUGCAGAGAAUCUGGGCUCCAAGUGUGACGGUUGCUUCUGUCCUCUCGCCUCACUGUACAUUCACGCCGCUGUACUGCUUUCUAACUGAUGACGUAUUUGUUUCUGAUGUCUUUUGCUGUAAGAUGUGGGGACGUGAAACCAAACUGGAUGUGUAAAUGAGACUCUAAAGCUCAGCGGCAGGUUUUCGUUCCUCUCGGCGUCCAGCUGCGAGCUCUGGUUGUGGGUGUUUCUUUUUCUUCGGUUUCAAUGUGCUUUUAGUUUUUAUGAUAAUAUUAUUUACAGUGAUGAAAAAUCGAAACAUAUAUGUUGUUUACUGAGUUUUUUAAACGCGUGUGCACGCACACGGCCCUCCUUCCUGUUGUUCCCCGUUCACCAUAAGCUGGUUAAAGUGCCUGCCUUGUUCUUACUAAGAAAAACGAUAUAACGAUGAGCUCUUUUGACCCUUUUUAGUGUGAACGUGAUUCUAAAAACAUGUGCUCUAUUUAUUAAAAGAAAUUUGGAAUAAUUUGAA